GGGAUGAAGGUGCGUUUGAGCUUUCGUCACUACCAAAGAUAUUCUUGGCUCCUUCUUCGAACUUGCAGUGCAGCAGAAUCAUCAGAGCAGAAUGGGAUCUUCGGCACUGUCUUGUCCUCAUGGCUCUCACAAAAUCUUUGUAUACGGAAGCCUGUUGGCCGACGACGUAGUACGCGCGCUGUUGAAGCGCGUCCCUGAAUCUUCUCCGGCCAUCCUUCACGACUUCCAUAGGUUUAGCAUAAAAGGACGUGUUUAUCCUGCAAUUCUACCGUUGGAAAAUACAAAAGUUACAGGAAGGGUGUUCUUCGGUAUCACAGAUCCUGAAUUAUAUGUUUUGGAUACUUUUGAGGAUGUUGAGUAUGAAAGAAGCACUGUUGACGUCUCUAUUAUAGAAAAUUCUGAGAGAUUACAAGUCUAUGCCUAUGUUUGGGGCAACAAAAAUGAUCCCAACUUGUAUGGGGAAUGGGAUUUUCAGGAAUGGAAGAAAAUUCACAUGAAUGAUUUUCUCAAGAUGACCGUUGAUUUCGCGGAAGAACUAGAACAACCUGAAUCGAAGACAAGGGUGGAAACAUAUGAAUCCUUCUAUCAGCUGGCUGAUGAGAAGCCCAACCAGCCUUGAUGUGGCUCCUCUUAUAUGUCAAUGACAUACAGAAUGAUAUCAUUGAAAUAAUGUGGACCAGGGUUUUAAGCAAUUGACAUAAGAGUAAACUCUAGUGCAUUAAAGCAGGACUUGCACCAGGUCACAAUCCUUUUUCUACUCCAGAUAGUGGCUGAUGUUAGGAUCUGAGAGCUCUCAAGAGGGGGUGAAUUGGGAUUUUGAGCGCAGAAGACUAAAUUUGGAGUUCAAUUUUUUUUUUUUGAAGGAAUAAAUGUAGUAUUGAAUUCUCGCUCGAACUCAAGUAGUAAGGGGAAUAAGAGAAAUGAUGCAAAGGAGAGGUAUUUUAUAGUGAUUCGGGCAACUUCUAGACAUCCUUUACCAAGGCUAGCUACACAAGUUUUAGAUUUUUAUUUUUUAUGAGAAAAGAAAAAAAUAUAUUAAUUAAAAUGUUUUAAAACAUCCA